AUGUCUGAAACCUUCAGCCAGCCCAGGCCCUUCAUCACCACCAGCGUACCCAACCAGUGGACGUCUGACAUCUGUGAUUGCUUCCAAGACUUGCCGCAGUGCUGCCUUGCCUUUUGGUGUCCUCCAUGCUUCGCCUGUAAGACAGCCCAUGAGGCCGGGGAGUGUUUGUGUUUACCUCUGCUGGACGCUUUUGGACUCAUCCCUCCGAUAACCACAGCACUCAGGGUGUCAGUGCGCCAACGCUAUGGCAUUGAGGGUACACUGUGCAAGGACUGUGUGUACUCCUUUUUCUGCGGGCCCUGCACCUGGUGUCAAAUCGCAAGAGAGAUCAAGACAAGGAAGAAUCCCAUAACCUUCGUCAACAUGGCCGGCCGAUAAGAGCAAACUGCUGAAGCUGCCACAGCAUCACUGUUGCGUGGGAUCCGUUGCUGAUUCAAGCAUGCCUGGCUCUGUGGA